AUGUCGCCUUCCGCUGAUACACCAGAGACCUCUAGCUCGGCCGACUCUACGGUCCUGAGCUUGAGAAAGUCCCUUUGCUCUGAGGACUCGCCUCUACCCAUUCGUUUCCGUGCUCUCUUCUCCUUGAAGCACGUCGCGACCACUGCAGAUGACGAUGCUACACGAAUUGCUGCCAUCGAGGCCAUCGCCGCUGGAUUCGCCUCGCCCUCCGCCCUUCUCAAGCAUGAACUUGCAUACUGCCUGGGUCAGACUGGCAACACUGCCGCUGUCAAACCCCUGCGACAGGUUCUCUCUGAUCUAAAGGAGGACCCCAUGUGCCGUCACGAAGCCGCUGAAGCCCUAGGUGCUCUGGGCUGGGCAGACAACUUAGAUAUCCUCCGUGAAUUCCGCGAUCGUAAGGAGGAAGAUGUUAGUAUUAUCGAGACAUGUGAGAUCGCUAUCGAGCGCAUCGAGUGGGAGAAUUCAGAAGAGCGACGAAAGGAAAAGCUGCGCCCUAGUGACUUUGCCUCUAUCGAUCCCGCGCCCCCCAUGCCCGAAUCCGAGAAGGAAGUCGAAGUUGAAGAGCUUGGUCGAAAGCUGAUGGACACAAGCCUUCCCCUCUUCGUCCGUUACCGCGCCAUGUUCGCUCUCCGAGAUCUUGCCUCCCCUCCCGACUUGCCAACCGCCACGCCUGCCGUCCUCGCCCUUGCCAAGGGACUGCAUGACUCCUCAGCCCUGUUCCGUCACGAGAUCGCUUUUGUCUUCGGCCAGCUAUCGCAUCCUGCGUCUAUUCCCGCCCUCACUGAGGCGCUGAGCAACACCGAAGAGGCCAGUAUGGUUCGCCACGAGGCAGCCGAGGCACUUGGAAGUUUAGGCGAAGAAGAUGGUGUUGAAGAUACCCUGAGAAAGUUCCUACACGAUAAGGAGAAGGUUGUUCGAGAGAGUUGCAUUGUUGCGCUGGAUAUCGCUGAGUACGAGAAGGGUGGAGAGGCCGAGUAUGCCUUGAUCCCCGAGUCCGCAGGAGCUGCCGCCUGA